AUGAACGUUCAACCCAAUACAUCCUCCUUCAAGAUACCGAAGGAGGAACCGGUCUGGGUCCUCGGAUACCCGUACAACAUGCACGUUGCAUUCAAGAUCGCCCGCCGGUUUGGGAAGGAACUCAAAGGCCGCAAGGGAUACCCGCCGCUGAAGGACGAAUGGGACGUCUACCGCGACUUCGACGCAAACCUAGCAAACACACCGAUCAGCUCCCCGUGGGGCAGCAAGGAAGGCGGGCGCGCGAUGUCGAUCUUGCGCUGGUCUGCGGACCUUCUGAUGUGGGAGACAGGGGACCAGUGCAUAGUCGACAGCCACACGAACGUCCACCGGCGACGGUCUACCAAGCAGAGACUCAUAGUCGAGAAGGCCUGGAACUUCAAGGACCUUGAUAUCGAGAUAUAUCGAGCUGCGAACGAGCUCCCGGAGCAGGGGGUUCUCGAUGUACUGCGGAAGUACUUGGGCAAGCCGCGGUGGUUCUUGUACUGGGGGUACAUCGAGAGGAACAAGCUGCUUCCUGCUCUGCAGAGCGGCGCGUUUCAGGCUAUGGUCGGAAUGGAUGUUGAUCCCGCCUCUAAUGAUGCACAGGUGGCACAGUCUUCCAUGGAUGUCGGGGAAACGGCUGCUACUGAAGCCGAGGAGGAGCAUGCCCGCGAAUUCGCCAAGCUAUCGAUAACCGAUGCUUGA